UGGAAAAACAACUGAAGGACACUUGAGAAAGGGAAGUAUAGUACUGUGUUUCUCGUAUGCUAUAUAUAUAUAUAUAUAUAUAUAUAUAUAUAUAUAAAGUUUGGCAUAUAUAAUGAAUUUAAUUUUAAGCAGCUUUAUAGCUUAAAAUGUAGUAAAAUAUAGUGAUCUAUGCUAGUAGCCUCUAUUGUUUCCAGGGUUUGUAGUUAUAACACACACACAGUGUUGAAAUGGUAGUUACCUGAAUUCCAGGUGAGGCUGUUGUUCAUCAUCAUGGUGGAAAAUUCUCCUUCACCUCUGCCUGAGAGGGCCAUCUAUGGGUUUGUCCUCUUCCUGGGCUCCCAGUUUGCUUUUUUACUUUAUUUAGUUUGGGCCUGUGUUCCUGAGACCUGGCUCCACGCUGCUGGCUUAACGUACUGGCCUCAGAAGUAUUGGGCCCUGGCCAUGCCGAUUUAUCUGCUGGUUGCUUUAACCAUAUGUUUUGUGGUGCUGUUUGGAGUCAAUAUGAUAAACACGGCUCCCCUAUGCUCUGUGGACAAUGUCACAGAUCAUUUUACUAAGACUCAGCUGCAGGAUCCAGGCCAGAAAGGGGCCAUACCUCGACUGCAAGAUCUGUCCAUUAGUGAAGUCAACCAUCGUUUCUACCUCACCCACAGUGAACUCUGAGACGCCGUGCCCUUGCACGAUGCCUCCCGUCUCCAAAUUUCUGAUCUGCGUUGAUCCAUAUAGAUGGCCAGCAUCCAGGAUUCCUUUUCAUCGGUCCUGACUUUUGGAGUUUGCUGAGGUUUUAGAUGCACCUUUUCCAUCACUCACUCAUGACAGGACAGACAUUUGACUUUAAGGUGAACCCUCAGCGUAAGGUAUGGUAAACACAUGACCCUCAGAGGUGGAGCCUCAUCACGGUACUGAGCAGUGGGGGAAAGUGCUAAACAACAAGACAGGUAGAAGAACUUUUCACAGUCCGAGAGCGAGAGAGGAAGUAACCAAAUUAUGCUAGGUUUGCUUGUUGAUAGAGCCGCUGUCUGAAAGUACAACGUGAUUUGCAACGAUGAAAGCUUUCCGAAUGCCGUCUGGAUCUUGUACUUUGGGAGCUAUAGAAUUUUGAGUCACAGUUAUUUAAAAAAAAAAAAAAACGAGUGAGGUUUUGAAGUUUAAUUUGUCUUCUCCAUUAGGGUCUGGAGAAAAGAGUAAGAGAACGAAGACAUUUAAAUGUUACAGAGAAAGUUUUGGAUACAGUUAUUUAUUAACACGACAGUUCUCAGGGCUCGGUGACUCUUACAGUACGCGUUUACAGAUCUACAGCUCGGUGAUUUUCCAAAGUUAAGACGCGCACACCUACUCAUUCAUAGGCUUUUCUGUAUUUUGACCAUUUUCCACAUUGUAGGACAAUACUGAAGACAUCGAUUAUCCAUAGCCGCUUAUCCUGUGCAGGGUCGCAGGCAAGCUGGAGCCUAUCCCAGCUGACUACGGGCGAGAGGCGGGGUACACCCUGGACAAGUCGCCAAGUCAUCACAGGGCUGACACAUAGAGACAAACAAUUCACGCUCAUAUUCGCACCUACGGCCAAUUUAGAGCCACCAAUUAGCCUAACCUGCAUGUCUUUGGACUGUGGAGGAAACCCAUGCAAACUCCACACAGAAAGGUUCUCAUCGGCCACUGGGCCCGAACCCAGAACCUUCUUGCCGUGAGACGACAGUGCUAACCACUAAAAUUUUUCGUAUUUUAGAUUCUUCAAAGUAGCUACUGUUUACCUUGACGGAGCUUUGUACGCUAUCGGCAUUGUCUUAACCAGCUUCAUGAGGUAGUCACCUGGAAUGCUUUUCCAUGAACAGUUGUGCCUCGUCAAGAGUUAAUUAGUGCAAUUUCUUGUCUUCUUAAUGGGUUUGAACGCUAUCAUACAGUAAACAGGCCUAUUCCACAACUGUAGUAAUCCAUAUUAUGCCACGAACCGCACAACUAAGUAAAGAGAAACGACAUCCAGCAUUACUUUGACAUGACGUGUCCUUUUUUUUUUUUUUUAAUUAAUAAAAAUAAAGAAAACACGUUGAAUUAGAAAGCAUGUCUUUCUAAAGCUUUUGACUGGUACUGUACAUGCACGUGUUCCCUGAUGGAUUUCUUGAUUAAAAUCAUGAUCCACUACUGUUUGGUGGUCAUAUUUGUAAACCUGGGGGCGUCAUGGCUCAGGUGGAUAAGGCGCCAUACCAUAAACCCGGGGACCCGGGUUCGAGUCCAACCCGAGGUCAUUUCCCGAUCCCUCCCCGUCUCUCUGUCCCGCUCAUUUCCUGUCUCUACACUGUCCUAUCCAAUAAAAGUGAAAAAGCCCAAAAAAUAUCUUUAAAAAAAAAAAAAUUUGUAAACCUAACUACCUGAUGACUUGAAAUGAAAGCAGUUAAUUGAAUACGCACAAACUAAUAAAUAAGGUUCCCUUUAAUCAAACUACGUUAUCUGUUUUAUAUCAUUCCCUGGCUGCAAAAAAAAGCAUUUUUUUUGUUUUCCUCCUGCAUACUGUAUUAAUUUACAGAAAUGAUGUCUGGUUUGUCCCAUAUUUUAUUAAAUCUCACUUUAAAAAAGCAUGCUGCUAUUUGUUGUGUAUACACACUCAAUUCGGAUGUGGGGG